AUUCAAUAAGGCGGGAAUGUUUUGGUCGGAGAAGUGUGGAAGACCUGAAGUUGUAAACCAAACCAACAAGAACGCCGCCAGCGGCCAGCCUACAAUUGUCCGCCGCGAAUGUCCUCCGUAAUGGGUGUCAAAAUCUUUAAACUGUCGGAGCUUAUCGGGCGUUCAACGCCGUUCGCCGGAGCAUUUUCUCUCUUCAGCAGUCCUUCAUCCUCUCUUUCACGGCCUACUCGGAAUUCCGGAGCCGGAGGCGAACCUGACAAGGGCCCUCGCCGGGAUGCCGCUAUCCCUGACCAGAAAGUUCUGAAAUCUCUAAGCGCUCCGGCACUUCUCACCGGAACCCUAACUCUACCCGCUAAUAACGACGACCCGUCUUCUAAUUGCGUCUGCUUCCAGUUCUCCGACGAUUCCGCAACUGUCUGCUGCGACAUUCUCGCGUUUGAUUUGAAGGUAAUUGGCAAAAAGAUCAAAAUUUUGGCUUGGAAUUUCAUCCCCCGCGGUAGUAACAGUGGUUUCCUGGAGAUUAUUCGAUGGGAUUUUCUAGAAUCUUCUUCGUUCUCAGACACCUUUAGUCUUUUCUCUGGUUCUAUUACGAAUUCUGCUGAUUCGGAGAGAGCCAGGCAUUUUAUCGCCGGAACCGUAGAAGCUGUCAGCCCUGUUUCGUCUGUGUCCUGUGCAGGUUCAUCUACAGGUGAGAGCAGUGGCAUGAAGAGUCUUCGUGGGUUUCUUGCAGAAAUGUUAAUCUGUGAGUGCAAAUUGUGCAGGCUUACGUGUUCAACAGUUAGAUUGCGAAAUUCAAACGAACUUUCUAGUGGUCAUUCCUUCAACAAGCCUAUUAUCGUUUACUUUUGCGGGCCUGCUUUGAUUUGGCAUCCCGUGAUGACAAUAUUGGUUGGAAGAUUUGUCUCUUUAUCGGGAUUGAAGAAGAAAAUGGUCACAAUAGGGAAAGAGAUAUGCCAGAUGAUGUAUGUGACCGUGGAAAAAUCUUUGAUGCAUAUUUCUAACUCGCCGGAUCAAUUUAUAAGAGUUCAGAAGUCUAAGAUGAGAGGGAAUGGCGAAUGUGGUAGUUAUACUGGGAUUGUCACAGCUAUUUACAUGCAGGGAUUGAUUGUUGAGUUGGACGGACAAGCAAUGCUAUUGUUAACCGAUCGUGAUAUCAUUUUGCCUCAUAGCUUGAGAGUUGGUGCUGUUGUAUCUUUAAAAAAUGUUCACUUUGUGAAUCCGAGAUUCUCUUGGUCAAAGUUUCUUAUUCUAGGAUCUUGCAUUAAGACAAGUGUGUGUGUGAAAUCGUUCUCAUUGUUAGAAACCGGAUGUUAUAUCAAACCCCAACAUCAGAGUCUUUUGAGGAAGUUCAUUGAUUCUCUGACCUUCAUUGCUAGGCUAUGGGUAUUGCUUGUCAUUGCGAGUUUUAAGAGAAAGUUCAGUGGGAUCUUAUCAAUAAAGGAGAUAUUGGGUUCGAAAAAUAAGAAAGGACUAGCUCAGCUUUAUGCAACCUCACAUUUACCUAACAUGGGCCAUUUUGGGAAUUCUGCAAGCAUGACAGAUGUGCAUGCGGCAGUGAAGUAAAUUGCUGCCAGUCCAGUUUAGUCGUACCAUUUUCUAACUUAAAUAAUUAUUGCGAGUCAAUUUGGAUUAAAGAGCUGUUAGAUCC